AUGACGUCAGUCAUAUCGACAUACCAGACUAGGGGCACCGAUGGAAUGAUUCUGAGCAUGGAACCAACCACACCAGCCUUGAUGACAGAAGUGACAGAAACAUAUUACUCUAACUACACCUAUAAAACCGCUUGUGAUAUGGAGAGCAAAAUUCUCGGGUGGUUAAAUGUCAUCGUUGCUGUGGUUGGACUGGCAGGAAAUGCAGCUGUGAUCUGGCUCCUUGGUGUCCGAAUGAGCAGAAAUGCCAUCUCAGUUUACAUUCUAAACCUGGCUGUGGCUGACUUCCUUUAUCUCUGCUUUACUUUUAUUAUAGCUUUGCAAGUACUCAUUAGCUUUUUCCUUGGGAGAAAUGAAUUCCAUCUCAUUUAUGUCUUCAACUUUGUGUUUUUCUAUUCUUAUACCGCAGGCCUUAGCUUCCUCAGCAUUAUUAGCCUGGAGCGCUGCCUGUCUGUCCUGUGUCCCAUCUGGUACCGAUGCCACCGCCCAAGACAUGCAUCAUCCUUCAUGUGUGUGCUGGUCUGGGCACCGUCCUUUCCAUUUCCUUUUCUGAAAACGUUUUACUGUACCAUCAUAAUUAUCGAUGAUUAUUUGAACUGGUGUAGAUUACUUCCACUUCUUAAUGCUGGAUACUUGCUGUUUUUAUUUGUGGUUCUCACAGGGUCCAGCCUGGCUCUGACUGUAAGGAUGUUCUGUGGUUCUGGACGGAUGUCACUGACCAGGUUGUAUGUGACCGUCCUGCUCACAGUGCUGGUCUUCAUCUUCUGUGGCCUGCCCUAUGGCAUCCACUACUUCCUGGUAUAUGAGAUUACUAGUGAUGUCUUUGACUACCCCUGUUACCUUCUUAGGCUUUUUAUUUUACUAACCACUGUUAAUAGCAGUGCUAACCCCAUCAUUUACUUCUUUGUUGGCUGCUUUCGCCAACGGCAGAGGCAAACCCUUAAACAGGUUCUGCAGAGGGCUCUGCAGGACACUCCUGAAGACAAUGAAUGUGGGGCAGCCUUUCUCAGGGGACCCUAG